GAGAUCUUACUUGAAUAAUUACAACAGGGGUUUUCCCAGGCAAAGAGGGAUGUUCAGGAACAGAUGGCAGUGCUGAUGCAGUCACGGGACCAGGUUUCAGAAGAGCUGGUGAGGUUACAGAAAGAUAAUGACAGUCUCCAGGGAAAGCACAGCUUGCAUGUAUCAUUACAGCAAGCAGAAGACUUCAUCCUCCCAGACACCAUAGAGGCACUGCGGGAAUUGGUAUUAAAAUACCGUGAGGACAUCACUAAUGUUCGGACAGCAGCAGACCACGUGGAAGAAAAGCUGAAGGCUGAGAUACUUUUCCUAAAAGAGCAGAUCCAAGCAGAACAGUGUUUAAAAGAAAAUCUUGAAGAAAUUUUGCAGCUAGAAAUAGAAAACUGCAAGGAGGAAAGAGCUUCCAUUUCUAGCUUAAAAGCUGAAUUAGAAAGAAUAAAGGCAGAAAAAGGACAGUUGGAGUCCACAUUGAGAGAGAAGUCUCAACAGCUUGAGAGUCUUCAGGAAAUAAAGACCGGUUUGGAAGAACAGUUACAGAAAGAGACUGCUGCUAAGGCCACCGUCGAACAACUAAUGUUUGAAGAGAAGAAUAAAGCUCAGAGAUUACAGACAGAAUUAGAUGUCAGUGAGCAAGUCCAGAGAGAUUUUGUAAAGCUUUCACAGAGCCUUCAGGUGCAGUUAGAGCGGAUCCAGCAAGUGGACUCCUUGGAGAGAAUUCGGGCAAUUCUGAAUGAUACGAAACUGACGGACAUUAACCAGCUCCCUGAGACAUGACACCCUGAUGGCAGGAUUCUAGCCUGCACUUUGGGUUUUUAACUCAUCUUUCGAGCAAUAUUAAUUGGUAUUUAACUCUUACCUGAAGAAAGAGAAGUCACAACAAAAGGAAGACUGGAGAAAUGCCUACUUCUAGAAGGAGAA